ACCCUACUCCACAGUCCUCGCUAUACCCAUCAAAAGCCAAACAAGUGUUUCUCUCUCUCGCUGAGGGUUUUAGACUCUCACAGGCUUCAGGGUUCCUGGUUCUUACAGGGUAGGGGGGUCUCUCUCCGAGCUUCUCUCUCUCUCUGUAGAACAGCUUGUGAAUCAAUAUCAGUUAUCAGUUAAAUCAUGACUCUGUACCGUGUCAUCCUCAGAUCCCUCCGACGAUCAUCUCCUCUUUCUCCGACGACCAACUCUAUUCCCACUAUCACCGCUUCCAACGAUUCUAUUCUCCACCGCAACCACCAGCAGCUGAAUCACAAUCUCAUCUCCGCACGCGCCUUCGCUUUCUCAUCGGCCGAAGAGGCCGCAGCCGAGCGGCGCCGCCGCAAGCGCCGCCUGCGCAUCGAACCCCCACUUCACGCCCUCCGUCGCGAUCCUAGCGCCCCACGCCCUCGCCCUGACCCCAACGCCCCUCGCCUCCCUGACUCCACAUCGGCCCUCGUCGGCCCUCGCCUUAACCUUCAUAACACAGUCCAAGGUCUCAUCCGGGCUGGCGAUCUCGACGGCGCUUCUGCCACCGCUCGCCAUGCCGUCUUCUCCAACACCCGUCCCACAGUCUUCACCUGCAAUGCUAUCAUGGCUUCUAUGUACCGUGCUGGCCGCUACGACGAUGCUAUUGCUCUCUUCACUUUUUUCUUCAAGCAGUCGAACAUUGUUCCCAACGUCGUCUCUUACAACGUCCUCAUCAAUACACACUGUGAUGCUGGCCGUGUCGAUACUGGAAUCGAAAUUUACCACCACAUCCUCGCUAACGCCCCGUUUAGCCCUUCUCCUGUGACUUACCGGCAUCUCACAAAGGGUUUGGUUGAUGCUGGUCGCAUUUCUGAUGCCAUGGAUCUCCUACGUGAGAUGCUUAACAAGGGCCAUGGUGCAGACUCUUUGGUUUACAACGUUCUUAUUUCUGGGUUCCUCAAUCUGGGCAACCUAGAGAGGGCAAACGAGCUCUUGGACGAACUCCGAGAACGUUGCCUUGUCUAUGAUGGUGUUAUCCAUGCGACGUUCAUGGACUGGUACUGGAAUCAGGGGAAGGAUGCUGAAGCCAUGGAGUCUUACCGCAACCUUCUUGAUCGUCAAUUCAAGAUGAGUCCUGCCACUUGCAAUACCCUUUUGGAGGUACUUCUCAAGUAUGAGAAGGGGGUGGAGGCCUCGGCGCUUUUCCGCCAAAUGUUGGACAACCACACCCCACCGACUCUCCAAGCUGUCAACUCUGAUACGUUUAAUAUUAUGGUGAACGAGUGUUUCCGAUUGGGGAAUUUCUCGGAGGCUAUUGAGGUUUUUAAGAAGGUGGGAACGCAGCCAAAGUCAAAGCCUUAUGCCAUGGAUGCGGCUGGUUACAAUAACAUCAUGAGCAGGUUCUGUGAACAUGGAUUGGUUUCGGAGGCAGAGAAGCUGUUUGCAGAAAUGUCCACGAAGUCUGUUAUGCUGGAUAACAAUACUUACAGGAUUUUCAUUGAUACAUAUUUGAAAGAAGAGAGGAUGGAUGAUGUUGUCUAUUUUUUCAAUAAAAUGGUGGUUGAAUCAGGUUUGAGAUACAAUGGAGUAUAUUGCAACAAGGUAUUUGAUGAGUUGGUUAAAAAGGGUAAGGUUGAAGAGGCUGCAGAGAUUCUGGGCAAAAUGGGGGAGAGGAGAGAAGUGAAGCCAGCCCCAACACAUUACGAGAGUGUGAUUACAGCUCUAUGCAAGGAGGGUAAACUAGACAAGAGUAGAGAUUUGCUGAGUCAGAUGAUGAGAAAUGGAAUUGUUGGUCCUCCUACCCUCAGUGAUUUUAUAUCUGAAACUUUCAGUAAAGAAGGGAGAAAAGAUGAGAUUGAUAAAAUAUUUGAAAUGAGGUUAGGACCUGUUGGUGGUAAUAUGCCAUAUUCAUCAGCUCCUAGAACUGGUACUGACCAGUUUGGUAUGCCGCGAAUAUCAUCACCUACUAGAACUGUAGCAGGUUUGCCGCCAUCAUCCCCAGUGCCCCAAAAUGUUGCAGAUAUGCCGCCAUCUUCGCCAGUGCCUACUAUGGCAGGACAGGUAGCAACUGGCUUUAGAGUCUGACAAAUCGAGUGGAUGCCCUUGUGUCCCCCUUAAUUUUUAGUUGAGCAAAACAGAUGCAUCUUAAUAUUUGAUACUGUGUCCAGUUGGACGAUAAAAAAGAAAGUCUUGAGGUUCAGUGUCAAUUUAAGAUGGUAUAAUUAUUUGAGGAGUUUUCUCCUAGGAGUGAUUAAUUGUAAGAGUCUGGCGGUAGGUAAUGAGUGUUGCCACAUCUGUCUGGUCUGGUGGAUAUGGUCAUUCUUUGAGUCGGGUGCAUGAUUUGGACACAUCCAUAUUUUCAAAGAUGCUUAGUUAUAGAUGUUAAUUCAUUGAUCCUGCUUAACAUGAUCUUUUAGAAUACCA